AUAUGGAUAUUAUGCCUAAAUUACUAAGAGUAUGGUGUCGGCAUCGGCCUUUUUUUAUUGAUAUUGUAGGUGUUUUGCCAUAUUUUGAUCAAGGUACAUAUAUAUUAUACUACCAAAUUGAAAAGGCAUUGGGUGUAGUUGUGAGUCACUGUACGCCAGUAAUACUUUGUGUAUGUGUGUGUAAGCGUGAUACGCUGCGUGACCUCGAAAAAGGAAGGACAUGGCUAUCUUGACGUUCUAGAAGGCUGACGUCAUUCAAUUUGAUUCGUCGCCUGAGCGCAACGCACAGCAAGACAUUGUGAAAUGUGAACGGCCACCCACUGCUUGCAUUACCACUUAUAUCUACUAAUUUAUUUAUUUUAAAGUGGUGGCUAUGAACAGUUAUUCCACUGUUUCUAUCCAUACAUGUUGAUUUUAUAACUGCGCUACACUAAUUUGUGAUUUCUGGAGAUAUUAUCCCAAUGCUAAUUGUUUCGACGAAUAUUAGUGCAUCCUUCACAAUGGCAGAGACUGCACCAAAUGUUCUGUCCGAAGAUUUGGAAGACGGCGAGAUUGAGAGCGAAGGAGAAGAGGUAGCAGAAAAUGUGGUAACUGGUAAAACGGACGAAUGUAAUAUAAAGAAUGAAGAAAAUCAAGAUAUACAUAAGGCAGAACAACAACAAUUUUAUUAUUCGAAAUCAGGUAAAAAGAAAAAAUCGAAGUCGCAUAAAGGUGAGCCAAAGUUCAAGGACAAAAAUAAGAAAAAUCGUAAAUACACUAGUCCCAUAGAUGACGAUUUUGCUGGUAAUAUUGAAAAAGCUAUAAGAAAAGCUAUGAAUAAAAAUGAAGAUAAUCAAGGUGAUGUCGAGGAUGAUGUUGAAGAACGUCGUAAAUAUAAAAAAAGAAAAAAAUAUGACAGCAAAGAUGGCCCGGGUAAAAAGCGCAAGAAACAAGAAUAUCCUGAUGAAAUGGAUGAAAGCGAAAUGAUGUGUGUUAGAGGUGCAUCGCCAGUUCAUAAAAAUUCCCCAGCAGAAGCAUUUCAGGAAAAUGAUAGCUCUUAUGCGUCUGAUAGCAGUCAAGAAUCUCGGGGACCCCCACAACAUCGCCCACAACGGCAGAGACCACCUCAACGUGAAAGGAAUAAGAACAAUAAAAACGACAGGAGAAGAGGUAUACAUCCAAUGCAAGAUCCCGAAGGCGUUUGUUUGUACUACAUGCAAGGGAAAUGUCAGAAAGGUGAUGAAUGUCUUUUUUCACAUGAUGUUCAACCUCCUCGAAAGAUGGAGCUUUGCAAAUUUUACCUUAUGGACUGCUGUGCGAAACGAGAUAAGUGUUUAUAUAUGCACGCAGAUUUCCCUUGUAAAUUUUAUCACACUGGGCUUCCUUGUGUAUAUAAAGACGAUUGUAAGUUCGCACACGGUAAACCCUUGAAUGACAGUCUAAAAAAUAUUCUUCUAAAGCAUAUAGAAUCCGCUCCCAAAGAGAUUUUAGGAGAUUUCCCUAGAUUGAAUAGGGAGGGAGCCCUAAAAUUAAUACAAACAACUCAAUUAAAACUAAUGCAACAAUUUUCAGAAAACACUGAGUCUCAAGAGAGAAGUAUUCCAUCUCUUUUCGAAUUAAAUAUCCCGAUUCCUCAAAAUUCCCCGGAUAGCUUCCAAAUGCAUCAGUAUAACAACGAAAGACAAAAGGUGUCACCGAAAAUACGGCAGUCGAGGUGGCAAAAUGAAGGUUCAAAUCCGAAUUUUGGUAUGAACAUGUCCCCCAAUGGUAAUACCAGCUCAAGUAACAUUCUUAAUAUUAAAAAUUUAACAGGAGUUUUAACGCCUAAACAAAUUUCAGAUCUUACCAAAAUGGGUAUUGAAAAUUUAGAUCAACUUGGCCAAUUAACAGUAUUACAGUUAAAUAGUAUUGGUAUAUCUUUAAAACAAAUAACUGAAAUACAAUUAAAUACAAUGAGCAUACAAAAGUUAGGUUUAAUUAAUAACGUCGAUCAACAGGCGCAAGCAUUUGUAGGACCCAAUGCUGGGGCUCAAGAUAUGGACCUAAGAGUGCCGCCUGUGGUCCAAGUUUCAAGCAAUGUACCAAUAUCAGCAGACUUACCCGGGCAGGAUAUUGACAUGCGCUUUCAGCCUAAUGUUUCGCUUCAAAAAACCGAGGACCCCUCCGACACGACUGAAGGUAAAAGCACAGAGCAGAAUAAGGACAUGAUUGACAUAGACCAGUACACCAAGGACGCUUUAAAGUUUGCGUUGAAGGAUAAAGAAAAUAUUGACAUCUCUAACGAGUCGUUUGAAAACGAGAAAUCUGUCCCUUCCAUCGAGUCUAAAGAUGUCGAUCAUAGAGUACUGCCUUUCGCUAAUGACGAUGCAAGAACGCGACAUACUAAAAGUGAAGAUAAGCCUAGACAAGCAGAAUGUGAUACAGAUAUUAGAUUUCUACAACCAGAACCACUCUUUAAAAAUACCGAGAAGCGUCAUCGUCGCUCAACUACUGAUGAUGAAGAUAACAAUCUUUUGAUCGAUGAAAAAUGGUAUUCUAGUGAUGAAGAAAAAGGAAGCAAGAAGAAAUCACCGGUUUCGUCACCAAAAUCCUUAAUGUCACCGCCUGCACCUCAUAUUAUAGAACCAUCAACCGUGUUAAGUAGACUGGGAGAUUUGUCAAAAAUUGAUAUAAGCGAAGAGGUCACCAAAUUGCUCAAUAUCAUGAAAAACAACACACAAGACAACAAACAGAACACUGCAGAUGUGUCGGAGGGUCGCAUAUCACGGGAUCCUAGGUCGAGACGUUCUCCGGAUACAGUCAGCGAUUCUGGUAAGACGAACAAGAAGUCCCCACGGGUAUCGAUUUAUGAAUGUAUAGAUGGUGAACCCACAGAUGGACGACGAAGAACUGAUGUCGAUUUACGGCAAGCCGACUACAAAGCACCAACGUUUGGCGACACUGACUUAAGACAAAGCGCCGCUGGCGACAUAGAUUUUCGGUUAGGGUUGCCAUUUAAAGCCAUACCGAAUUACACGCCGGCAUCCGAAAUUAAUGGUUCUAUAAAUAGCCAUCCACCAAUUUCAUAUAAGCUGGUACCAAUUGACAUACCCCGACCCGAUUAUACGGACAUUAGAAAUAGCACAGCUAAAUCACAAGCUCUACAGGAUCCUAGGUUAAGGAAAGUGUUUCGACUAUCGGUGGACGAAUCCAACAGUGACAGUGAGAAGCCUCCAAAAGUGACGAGUACAGCGCCGCGGGUUGACCCUCGACGAAAGCCGAAAGAACCUGAAAUUGUACCAGAGCAGAAGUCCAUAGACUUACAGACUAUACUACAGAACUCCAACUGGUACAAAGAGUUGAGCUCCACGCAGAAAAUAUUUGUGAAUCAAAAUUUGGUACCUGUUACCCAAAUGAUAAAACAGUAUCAGCAAGAGAAGUCUUCGGGUAAAAAGUUCGAUCUCUCCAGUAUACAAAGUAAUACAGUUUUAUGUAAUAUUUUCACGAAUUUAGGUGUAUCUUUAGGAGAAAACGGUGAGUAUUCGUAUUUGCCAAAGCCGAAGGAGGCCUUACUGAAAACGCCUGUUAAUUUUAGUCAAGGUAGCCUGUCAUUCAACAUGAACGUCGGCGGUGGGAUGGAACCGAAUAUGAAUAUGAUGAAUGUGCCCUCUAUGGGUAUGGGGGCUGUUCCCAACGUGAACAAUUUAAACGUAGGUCAUAUGCAUAACUUCAAUCAGCCACUAUCGGAUCCCCGAGGAGGUCCAACACCGGGUCUGCUCGGCAUCGCACCUAAUAUUCCUCACAAUUUUAAUAAUAGUUACGGUGGUCCGAAUAAUUACGGGAACAACAUGUCUUUCAAUGGACCUCCUCAGGGUAACGACUUUAAUUAUAUGGAUGGAGAUCAGAAUUUCCAGAGAUUUCCAAACAGAGGAGGUCACCGCGGCAGAGGGAACGACCGGUGGAAUCGAGGGGGCUCCGGCCGGGGACAUCGGGAUAGAAAAAAUUUUAACGAUAGGGGUAAUUGGAAAAACGAUAGGCAUUAGGUAAUGUACAUUAUACUCUUUACAUAGUGAUAAUUGUAUGUAAUUAAAUUAUUGUUAUAAAUAUAGGAACCCUUCCACAAUACAAAAUGUGAUUAAG